AUGCUAGCCGUUCGUGUACUCUAUGAUAAUAGUGUACAUAUUUCGGCGUUCUGUAUUAUGGUAAACCUGUUUCAUGUUACAGUGUUAUCUAGUAAAUCACUGAGAACAUCUCCAAUUUAUAUAAUUCUAAUGGCAAUUGCAAUAAUGGAUAUUAUUUCUUCAUUGUAUGAUAUUCAUACAGGAAUUGUGCAGUUUUACAAGGUUAUCAAUGUUUGCUACUCGAAGAAUAGUGAUUAUUAUAUUAUACUGAUCAAUGUGAUAAUGGAAUCCAUUCGUAACUAUACUAGAAGAUGUUCCACAUGGCUUAGCUUCAGUAUUGCUCUCAUCCGAACCCUAGUUAUCAAGUAUCCAAUGGAUCCCAGAUUUGAGAUACUUUCAAAACCCCGUGCUGCUUUUUACGUGAUUUUAGCCACCUUGAUCUUAUGUGCUCCGAUUAAUAUGCUGGAUGUAUACAAACAUGAUAUAGACGUGUACAAUGAAGAGUACAAGUGUACUCAGUACCCGAGUAGUAACAUAUUGUGGUAUGGAAGUGGGAUUUCGUUAUUAUUCCAAGAAAAUAAUCGAAAAAUUCAAAGAAUUUAUCAGGCUGUUGAUGCAACUAUAUCAAAGAUAAUCCCUUGUAUUUUGUUCCCUAUUCUCACUGCCGUGUUGGUUAGAGAAAUACAAAAAGCUAAAACAAAACAACUAAAAAUGAAGUCAUCUACUCCGAAUAACUCCAAGAACACAUCGAAACUAGUGUUAUUCUUAACACUGCCAUUCUUCAUUGCAGAACUUCCUCUUGGUAUCAUUUUCGCUAUCAGUCCAUUUAGCAUUUUUCAUGAUGUACGUGGUGUAGCUGGUUUUAUUUUUCUCCGAGAAGCAUUCGAAAAAUUAUUUUCAUUUAUUCUAACUGCUUCGACUGUAACUCAUAUGAUUAUUUGUGUUCUUAUGUCUUCUCAGUAUAGAAAAGUCGCUUAUUCAGUUAUUCGAUGUGGUUAUUUAUUGGAAAAAAAGAAGAAUGACAAAAUUCUGGAGAGGACAUUGACAGUUUGCAACUAA